CAACUAGUCGCAUUUAAAAUAACUUUUCUUAAUUUUGUUAGAGAAAAUUCGAAUAUUUUUACGUUAAAAUUGGUCAAUGAAGUUCAAAAAUGGUGAUUGUAACACGAGGUGACUACAUCUGGAUAGAACCCGCAUCGGGUAGAGAAUUCGAUGUAGCCAUUGGCGCUCGUGUCAUAUCGGCCGAAGGUAGACGCAUACAGGUACGCGACGAUGAUGGCAAUGAAAUAUGGCUUUCGCCCGAGCGGCGCAUUAAAGCGAUGCAUGCCUCCUCGGUGCAGGGUGUGGAGGAUAUGAUAUCGCUGGGCGAUUUGCACGAAGCGGGCAUAUUGAGAAAUUUACUCAUACGCUACAAAGAGAAUUUGAUAUAUACUUACACUGGCUCCAUUUUGGUCGCUGUCAAUCCCUAUCAAAUAUUACCCAUCUACACUGCCGAUCAAAUCAAACUCUAUAAAGAGCGUAAAAUCGGCGAGCUGCCACCGCAUAUAUUCGCCAUCGGUGACAAUGCUUAUGCGCAUAUGAAACGCUACCGUCAAGAUCAGUGUAUUGUCAUAUCGGGCGAAUCGGGUGCUGGCAAGACUGAGAGCACAAAAUUGAUAUUACAAUAUUUAGCGGCAAUAAGCGGCAAACACUCAUGGAUCGAACAACAAAUACUCGAAGCGAAUCCGAUACUCGAAGCGUUCGGUAAUGCGAAAACCGUACGAAAUGACAAUUCAUCGCGUUUUGGCAAAUAUAUUGACAUACACUUUAGUUCGAGUGGUGUCAUCGAAGGCGCUAAAAUCGAACAAUAUCUCUUGGAGAAAUCUCGAAUAGUUUCGCAAAAUCAUAGCGAACGUAAUUACCAUGUUUUCUACUGCCUGUUGGCGGGUUUAUCAGGCGAGGAGAAAAGGCGUUUGGAUUUGGGCAAUGCAUCGGAUUAUAAAUACCUUACCGGCGGCGAUUGCAUCACUUGUGAGGGUCGAGACGAUGCUGCGGAGUUUUCCGAUAUACGUUCCGCCAUGAAAGUGUUACUCUUCUCUGAUCAAGAAAUUUGGGAAAUCAUUAAGUUACUCGCUGCGCUCCUCCACUGCGGCAACAUCCGUUAUAAAGCAACAGUUGUUGACAACUUAGAUGCGACCGAAAUACCCGAACACAUAAAUGUCGAACGUGUUGCUGCCUUACUCGGCCUGCCUAUGCAACCACUCAUCGAUGCGUUGACACGGCGCACGCUCUUCGCACACGGCGAGACGGUGGUGUCCACCUUGUCUCGCGAACAGUCGGUUGAUGUGCGUGACGCAUUCGUGAAAGGCAUUUACGGCCGAUUGUUUGUACACAUUGUGCGAAAGAUCAACUCAGCAAUUUUUAAGCCACGCGGCACGUCACGUAACGCUAUAGGUGUUUUGGAUAUAUUCGGUUUUGAAAAUUUCGAUCAGAAUAGUUUUGAACAAUUUUGCAUUAAUUACGCCAAUGAGAACUUGCAACAGUUCUUUGUGCAACAUAUUUUCAAGCUCGAACAGGAGGAGUAUAAUCAUGAAGCGAUCAAUUGGCAACAUAUUGAGUUCGUGGAUAAUCAGGAUGCGUUGGAUCUGAUUGCCAUUAAACAGUUGAAUAUUAUGGCGCUGAUCGAUGAAGAGGCGCGUUUCCCGAAAGGCACGGACCAGACUAUGUUGGCGAAGCUGCACAAAACGCAUGGCACACACAAGAAUUACUUGAAGCCCAAGUCGGACAUCAACACUAGUUUUGGUUUGAAUCAUUUCGCCGGUGUGGUGUUCUAUGACACUAGCGGUUUUUUGGAUAAGAAUCGCGACACUUUCAGUCCGGACCUAUUGCAUUUGGUUAGCCAGUGUUCGAAUAAAUUCUUGCGUCAAAUUUUCAAUCAGGAUAUUGAAAUGGGAGCCGAGACGCGUAAACGCACACCCACACUUUCAACGCAAUUUCGCAAGAGCUUGGAUGCGCUCAUGAAAACGCUGAGCACCUGUCAGCCCUUCUUCAUACGCUGUAUCAAGCCCAAUGAGUUGAAAAAACCGAUGCUUUUCGAUCGUGGCUUGUGUUGUCGGCAACUGCGUUACUCGGGCAUGAUGGAAACGAUACGCAUACGUCGCGCUGGCUAUCCCAUACGCCAUGGCUUUCGUGAUUUUGUUGAGCGUUAUCGUUUUCUCAUACCCGGCGUGCCGCCUGCGCAUCGCACUGAUUGUCGCGUCGCUACGGCACGCAUUUGCGCUAUUGUUCUGGGCAAAUCAGAUUAUCAGUUGGGUAACACGAAGGUAUUUUUGAAAGAUGCGCACGACCUCUUCCUUGAACAGGAGCGCGAUCGUGUGCUGACGCGCAAAAUUCUCAUUCUCCAACGCACCAUACGCGGUUGGGUUUAUCGGCGUCGCUAUUUGCGUAUGCGCGCUGCUGUCGUCACAGUGCAACGCUACUGGAAGGGUUACGCGCAGCGUCAGCGCUAUCGUCAAAUGCGCGUCGGCUAUAUGCGUUUGCAGGCGCUCAUACGUUCGCGUGUACUUUCGCAUCGCUUCAGGCAUUUGCGCGGUCAUAUUGUCGGCUUGCAGGCACAUGCGCGUGGCUAUUUGGUGCGUCGCGAAUAUGGACACAAAAUGUGGGCCAUCAUAAAGAUACAAUCGCAUGUGCGACGCAUGAUUGCUAUGCGUAAAUAUCAGAAGUUGCGCGAGGAGUAUAAGCAAUUUGCGGAGGUGUUACAUUUACGAAAGUUGGAGGAGAAAGAACUCAUGCACAAGGGUAAUAAGCACGCACGCGAGAUAGCAGAGCAACAUUAUCGCGAUCGGUUGCAUGAACUGGAGCGCCGGGAAAUGGAGAAGGAGAUUGAGGAUCGCAGGCGAGUUGAGGUGAAGAAAAAUAUUAUAAACGAUGCGGCGCGCAAGCAAGACGAGCCGGUGGAUGAUAGUAAAUUAGUGGAGGCAAUGUUUGACUUUUUACCGGACUCGAGCAGCGAAGCGCCAACACCACAUGCGGGACGCGAGACGUCAGUUUUCAACGACCUGCCGCAUAACAACUCGAUGAAUCACGAGGACAUAAUUGGACCAAUGCACGUCUCCGAAGACGAAGAGGAUCUUUCUGAGUUUAAGUUCCAGAAAUUCGCCGCUACCUACUUCCAAGGUAAUGUGACGCAUCAGUACUCCAAGAAGGCGCUGAAGCAUCCGUUGCUGCCAUUGCAUACACAAGGGGACCAGUUGGCUGCGCAAGCACUCUGGAUCACUAUACUUCGCUUUACCGGUGAUAUGCCCGAACCGAAGUACCACACGAUGGAUCGCAUGGAUACCACAUCCGUUAUGUCGAAAGUCACAGCGACGUUGGGACGAAAUUUCAUAAGGAGUAAAGAAUUCCAAGAAGCUCAACUUAUGGGUCUCGACCCUGAUGCGUUCCUUAAACAAAAACCGCGUUCAAUACGCCACAAACUCGUUUCACUCACACUAAAACGUAAGAAUAAGCUCGGCGAAGAUGUGCGUCGUCGUUUACAAGAUGAGGAAUACACUGCGGAUAGCUAUCAGUCUUGGCUACAAUCCCGUCCUACCUCGAAUCUGGAGAAAUUGCAUUUCAUUAUCGGCCAUGGCAUAUUACGCGCUGAGCUGCGCGAUGAAAUCUAUUGUCAAAUCUGUAAACAGCUCACUAAUAAUCCGCUCAAAUCCUCGCACGCACGCGGCUGGAUACUGCUCUCACUUUGUGUCGGCUGCUUUGCACCUUCAGAAAAGUUUGUUAACUACUUACGCGCCUUCAUACGCGAAGGUCCGCCCGGUUAUGCACCGUACUGUGAGGAGCGACUGAAACGCACAUUUAACAAUGGCACACGUAAUCAGCCACCUUCUUGGCUAGAGUUACAGGCCACGAAGUCGAAAAAACCAAUCAUGCUGCCCAUCACCUUUAUGGAUGGCAAUACGAAGACGCUGCUCGCCGAUUCGGCUACUACUGCACGUGAGCUCUGCAAUCAGCUCUCCGAUAAAAUCACGCUCAAAGACCAAUUCGGCUUCUCACUUUACAUAGCGCUCUUCGAUAAGGUUUCAUCGCUCGGAAGUGGUGGCGAUCAUGUAAUGGAUGCGAUCUCGCAGUGCGAGCAAUAUGCGAAAGAGCAAGGCGCACAAGAGCGCAAUGCGCCGUGGCGUCUCUUCUUCCGUAAAGAAAUUUUUGCACCCUGGCAUGAUCCCACACAAGAUCAGGUCGCCACGAAUCUGAUCUACCAGCAGGUGGUGCGUGGCGUCAAGUUCGGUGAAUAUCGCUGUGACAAGGAGGACGACUUAGCGAUGAUUGCGGCGCAGCAAUACUUCAUUGAGUACGGCACUGAUAUGUCUAUGGAGCGACUCUUCACACUGUUGCCCAACUUUAUACCCGACUUUUGCUUGACGGGCAUGGAAAAGGCUAUUGAACGUUGGGCUGCCUUGGUGUUGCAGGCUUAUAAGAAGUCCUACUAUGUACGCGAUAAAGUGGCUGCACUGAAAAUCAAAGAAGACAUUGUUAGCUAUGCAAAAUUGAAAUGGCCACUGCUGUUCUCGCGUUUCUACGAAGCUUAUCGCAACUCGGGUCCGAAUUUACCCAAGAACGAUGUCAUCAUAGCGGUGAAUUGGACGGGCGUAUAUGUUGUGGAUGAUCAAGAACAGGUGCUAUUAGAGUUGAGCUUCCCCGAGAUCACCGCCGUAUCCAGUCAGAAGACCAAUAAAGUGUUCACUCAAACAUUCAGUUUAGCCACUGUGCGCGGUGAGGAAUUCACCUUCCAGAGCCCGAACGCGGAGGACAUUAGAGACUUGGUGGUGUACUUCCUAGACGGACUGAAGAAACGCUCGCACUAUGUGAUCGCAAUACAAGACUAUCGCGCGCCAUCAGACGGCUCUAGCUUUCUCUCAUUUCUGAAAGGCGAUCUCAUCAUACUCGAGGACGAGUCUUGUGGCGAGUCGGUGCUCAAUAAUGGCUGGUGUAUUGGCCGAUGUGAACGCACACAAGAACGUGGUGAUUUCCCUGCGGAGACUGUUUAUGUCCUACCCACCCUCACUAAGCCCCCACAAGACAUUUUAGCGUUAUUCAAUAUCGAGGAGGCACAUCAUGGUCGCCGCUUAAGCAUGGUUUCAAACGGCGUAACAGAGGCGCGUGACCGUCCGCACACGCUAAUGGAAUACGCUUUGGAUCACUUCCGUUUGCCACCCAAACGCACCAUGUCCAAGACAUUAACGCUGAGCUCAAAGCGCGCCGAUGAAAUUUGGCGUUACUCACGUGAUCCCAUUAAAGCACCGCUACUGCGUAAGCUGCAGAGUAAAGAGGAGCUCGCUGAGGAGGCGUGUUUUGCUUUCGCUGCCAUACUCAAAUAUAUGGGCGAUUUGCCGUCGAAGCGUCCGCGUAUGGGCAAUGAAAUAACCGAUCACAUAUUCGAUGGUCCGCUCAAGCAUGAAAUUCUACGCGAUGAAAUCUAUUGUCAAAUCAUGAAACAAUUAACGGACAACCGUAAUCGAAUAUCCGAGGAGCGUGGCUGGGAGUUGAUGUGGCUUGCCACUGGCUUAUUUGCCUGCUCACAAGGUUUACUCAAAGAGUUGAUGAUGUUCUUACGCACACGUCGUCAUCCUAUUUCACAGGAUUCAAUGCAUCGCCUGCAGAAGACAAUACGUAAUGGUCAACGUAAAUAUCCGCCACAUCAGGUGGAAGUCGAAGCGAUACAGCACAAAACUACACAAAUAUUCCACAAAGUCUACUUUCCUGACGACACCGACGAAGCGUUCGAGGUGGACUCGUCAACACGCGCAAAAGAUUUCUGCCACAACAUCUCACAACGUUUGUCUUUGCGCACCAGCGAGGGUUUCUCCCUAUUCGUCAAGAUCGCCGAUAAAGUGAUCUCAGUGCCGGAGGGUGAUUUCUUCUUUGACUUUGUACGUCAUCUGACUGAUUGGAUUAAGAAGGCACGUCCCAUACGUGAUGGCUCAAAUCCACAAUUCACCUAUCAGGUAUUCUUCAUGAAAAAACUGUGGACAAAUACGGUGCCGGGUAAGGAUCGUAACGCAGAUUUGAUCUUCCACUAUCAUCAAGAGUUGCCAAAACUAUUGCGGGGCUAUCAUAAAUGUUCGCGUGAAGAAGCGGCCAAACUGGCGGCGCUAGUGUAUCGUGUACGUUACGGAGAGAAUAAACAAGAGUUGCAGGCCAUACCACAAAUGCUGCGCGAACUGAUACCCUCUGAUAUUAUGAAAAUGCAAAGCACGAGCGAAUGGAAGCGUGCCAUUGUGGCGUCUUACAAUCAAGAUGGCGGCAUGAGCUCGGAAGAUGCCAAAGUGGCAUUUUUGAAGAUCGUUUAUAGAUGGCCUACAUUCGGCUCAGCAUUCUUCGAGGUAAAACAAACAACCGAACCAAAUUAUCCUGAAAUGCUGCUCAUAGCAAUCAACAAGCAUGGCGUUAGCCUCAUACAUCCAGUUACGAAGGACAUUUUAAUCACACAUCCAUUUACGCGCAUCUCCAAUUGGUCAUCGGGUAAUACCUAUUUCCACAUGACAAUUGGCAAUCUGGUGCGUGGUUCCAAAUUGCUUUGUGAAACCUCAUUGGGUUACAAAAUGGAUGACCUGUUGACGUCAUAUAUAUCACUUAUGUUAACGAAUAUGAACAAGAAUCGCACUAUACGAGCAAAUUAAUGUAUAAGAAAUGUUAACUUUUAUAAUUCAGCCGGAAAUUUUUUUUUGAAAAUUCAAAAGAAGUAUAUAAAAGGAAGGUUAAGGCAAGUUUAAGGAAGUAAAGAAAAAAUAUAUAUUUUUUUUAAUGUUAUAGUCUACAAGCAAGAGCAACAAAUACACGAAUCGUUGUUAUUUUUCGCGCUUCUAUCAUUUCCUUGCUUCAAUAAUUAUUUCUUUUAAUUUUUGCUCUUUUAUUUAAUUUCAAUAAAUAUAUUUAUUAAUAUGUAAUAAGCGAAUAUAUAAACGCAAGUUAGUUGUAAAAUUAUAUUAUUUAUAAAUUAUUUUGUUUAUUAAAACGAAACAAAAAAAAAAA